AUGUCGCUGUUGCUUUUGGCCCUGGACCAGUGGCGACGGAGCAAAGAGGCUCUGCGUUUUUACGCACGCUCGUAUCAGAACUACCCGCAGAGCACGGUGGCCCGCCAGGCUAUCCCGCAGCUGGUUAGUGAUAUCAAGGCUCAGUUGUCAGCUUAUGACCCUGCGAAGCUGAAGGCAACAUUUGGGGCCAAUUGCGCGGACCUGGCGAUUGCAGGAGGGGGCGCCAAGAGCUUGUACGCUCUUGGUGCUUAUUUUGCGCUGCAGCAUGCAGGAGUCACAAUCGAUCGCGCAAGUGGUACUUCCAGCGGUGCCUACAUUUCUGCUCUAUUGCUGGGAACGCAGUACCGGGUCGACGAUCUAUUGCAAGAGCAGCUCAUAGGAUGGGGUCCAUGUGUCGUACAAGCCAUCCACGACAAGAAGACCCUCUGCUUGGGUAAAAUCUGGAAGCACAUGAGCAUAUUGCUAAAACAGCGCCUUGCGGGCUGGGUUCCAAAGACGGAUACAUUGUUUAUCAAUGUGACCACAUUGGGUCGCAGCGGUCUCGUGGAGAAUGUUGUAUCUGAGUUUGCAUCACCAGAAGAUCUUGAGGAGACUAUAUGCGCCAGCAUGUCUAUACCGUUCAUUUUGUGCGAUGGGCCCUUCACCACUUGGCGCGGACAGCGUGGUUUGGAUGGGGGUUUCUCGAACAAUUGCCCCAUAUCUUGCUUUCUGUCUUCGCGAAGACGAAAUCGCUCCAAGGGAGAUAGUGCAGAUGGUGAUUUUGCUGCUCUGGGUUCUCUAGAGGAAGACAGGAUCAUUGUGAAAGUCGAUGCCAAUGCGCUCACGUCGAUGCCAUGUUGGCGGAAGGCUCUACACGUGGCUUACGCACCGAUGGAGUUCUGUUGCGACAUCGUGCUCGAGGGUAUGCGAGACAUGCUUGAGGUGAUGUCCACUGGGAAGCAGCAGCUCAAUGGUAUCAAAGUGAUUCCCUAUCGAAGUCCAAUGCAGAAGCGCGAUGAUUUCUCGUAUCAGCUGCUUCCUGGCCGUGAACAUUUUGAGCGCCUGCGAAAGGGCAAGAGCAUCCUGUGGAACGUGGACCGUCGGACGGGAUGA